CCAGUAUCGACACAUAUGAACGCUUGGUUCUCUACUAUUUGUGAACAAUUUGUGGAGUAAUUGUAGGAGCUGUUGUGAAGACAGCCAGAGGUGAUUGCGGCAUGGGCAAUCAGGAAUCAGUCACGGAAGAUGAGGAAGAGGUGAUUCCACGUAACACAAGCAUUGACGGCAAUACAGAGAAUGCUUCCAUGGAUCGGGAAACAGACGUGACUUUACAAGACGCUCUUGGUAUUCGAAUCGAAGACCUCAAUUACCGCGAACUGAACGUAGAGGAAUCGGAUGAGGAGCAACAGUUGAGUGGCUACUCGGAAGAUGACAGUGAUGAGUCUGCUGAGCCAUCCGCACUUCUCUCAACAGAGAGCGCUAUUUCACGCGUGCGACCGUUUUUUGCAGUCGUUUCCUUUGUCUUGACGUAUUCUGUGUAUACAUCGGAAUUAACGAUUAAACUCACCGGGAGCACCAAUAUUCCGGGCAAGGGGCAAGGCGGAGCAAGUGAAUAUCAGUUCACAAUGGCUAUACUUUCGGAUGGAUCCAAGGAGUUUGAGAGCAAGAUUCAUGGUGGACCUAAUCCGAAGUUCAACGAGACGUGGAACAUCGUAAUUCCAAAAAAUAGACUACUGAGUUCCGUACUCCACUGUUGUUUGUUCGGAUGCGCUGAACUUGAAAAGACCAUACUACUAGGCGAAGGGUUUAUUCCAUUGGAAGGCAUUCAGCUGCGCACACCCAAUCCAAUCAGCGUUCGACUGUUUCCAAAAGACACCCCCAUAUUUAUGCUGACCAUGAAAAAAGAUACUGUUGAUGGCGGCACUGAACAAAAACUCCAACCGGACGACUGGACAGCUGCUACGAGCCAUCCCCUGUCAAAACCUGCCGCUGAGACGCUGGCUCCAAAGGAGAAACAAAUGAAGAAGUACCAAACGCUGCAUUCUGAACUACUGCUCAGUGUUUCGUACAGCUCAACAACGGGAAAACUCGAGUGCGCAGUUUUAAAAGCCCACGGAAUUCACCUACCUUACAAAUUAUCAGAGGCACCAAAUUCGUUCGUCCAAGUGCAGGUUGUUUCAAGAGAUGGGAGCGCUUUGUCUGUUGGUAAAUCGAAGAUUGUCAAACGUUCAUACACCCCUUCAUUCGAGGAAACCUUCGUCUUCAGCGUGCAUCCUGGGCAAAUUGGCGAAGUAACGCUGGUGAUCAACGUUUAUCACAAGAAAACCACGGGUAGAAAAACCAAACUGGGUUGGUUAUCGAUGGGGCUGGAAAACGUUUCUAGUGUCCAAAAACAGCAUUGGGAUGAAAUAUUAUCUUCACGCGGGCAACGUGUGGCACGUUGGCAUUCUCUGGUGGAUCCGACCUGAAUAACAUUCAUGGCUAAUAGGACAUACAAUGAAGAAAGUCUGGAUUCUAGCCAUCGUGUUCAUUUUUAAUACUUUUCCUUCCAUUGAGUAUGGAGUACCAAAGUCGUUGUUCCCAUCAGAGUGCAUGGAUUCCCCCUUCAAACACACAUACACGUUCAAUUGCUG